AUGAAGGACAAGCUACUGGUGGAAAAGACCUCAUUUUGCAUUUACCAAUUCGUGUGUUCCUGUGGAACCACUUACAUUGGUCGUACCACCCGCCGCCUGGCUGAACGCAUUCGAGAACACCAUCCCAGCUGGCUUAGUCGUGGAUUGAAGAAACCCGGCGGGACAGCGAUCACGGCUCAUUUGGUCGAAACUGAGCAUCGUGUCAGAAUGAGUGAAGCGGUCAUUGCCCAUCUACACGAUCACCGGGGUGAGAUCGAAGCAGGUCAAGCACCGCGUACUGUCAACAGCCGAAGCGAUCGCGAUUCGGUUGAACAACCCCUCCUUGUGCGUUCAAAAAAGUCGGUCAGAGCCCUGGAUUUACCGUGGCCAGCCAUAAAUGCUAGAAUGACAUAA